UAUUUAUCCCUCAUCUCUCUGCUUCCUACGACGAUAAUAUGCCGACUACGAAACGACAGAGAGUAGAUAAGGCAAUAAAACCAAAGAUAUUCCAGCCGUUUAGACUGCUUGGUAAAAUUUCUAACUCAAAACCAUUCAAUUUGGUUACGAGAUUAACGAGAGAUGCUAAUAAAUUUAAUGGCCAAAUUAUCACUUGCUUAGAGAAGAGCUGGAUGAUGUUCGACUUGAUAAGCCUCAGGCUGUUGUUCAUCUCUAACGAUCUCGAGUUUCCUAUUGAAUCUAUCGUAAACGAUGGUAACUUCAUCUACUGCAGCAGCAACGAUAGUAUCUAUAAAUAUAAGAGAGGUAAACUAGUUGAUCAGCUGAAAUCUCCUUACAAACUAUCCAAACUUCUUCUUUUCGGUAGUCAACUACUCUCACUCAAAUCAGACGGCAGUGCAUUAUUAGUUUGGGAUUUACAGUCCAGUGAAUUACUCCACGAGAUUGAAUUUGGUGUCAACUUCACAGCUACCGAUUUCCUUCAUCCAUCAACUUAUCUCAACAAAUUGUUAGUCGCAUCCAAAAAUGGUCAAUUGCAGCUCUGGAAUAUCAGAACUAGAACUCUCAUCAGGGAAUUCAACUUUGAUAGUCCAAUAACAACCUUACAACAAUCUCCAGCCAUCGACAUUGUUGCAGUUGGUUGCGAAAACGGCCGUACCAUUCUCUUCGAUUUGAAAUCAGACACAGAAUUAUUCAAAGUAAGGAUGGAUGGAAAUGUUCAAAUAACUUCGAUUAGUUUCAGAACGGACGGUGAACACAUUAUGGCGACUGCUGCUUCCAAUGGUUUCAUCGCCUUCUGGGAUCUUAAUCAAGGUGGUAAUCUUGUGAAUGUAUUAAGAGACGCACAUAGCGAACCACCAUCCAAGAUUGAGUUCUUGCCAAAUCAGCCGAUUUUAAUUUCAUCCAGUGGUGACAACAGUUUGAAGCAAUGGUUAUUCGAUUCUCCAAGUAGCUUACCAAGAUUGCUUAAAUUCAGAGCUGGUCACACUGCACCACCUCAUCGUAUCAAUUAUUACGGCGAAGAUGGUAAAACGAUCCUCAGUGCAUCCAAAGACAACAGUCUGAGGUACAUGAGUGUUGUUAGAGACUCACGCAGUUUCGAAUUAUCCCAAGGAUCACUGUCUAGAAAAGCUGCUCAAUUGGCAUUACCAAUCGCUGCUUUGAGAUUACCACCAAUUACGUCGUUAUCAUACGCCACCCAGAGGUCAAAAGACUGGGACGACGUCCUCACCUGUCAUGAAGACAGCUCGGACGCUUAUACCUGGUAUGUUCAAGAUAAGAAACUUGGCGCUCAUAAACUGCAUCUCGAUGACGGUAUCGCUGUAUCUGCUAACGUCAGCGUAUGUGGUAAUUAUGGCUUUGUCGGUAGUGACAUGGGUACUGUACAUCAAUUCAAUAUGCAAUCUGGAAUAAAGAGGAGGGUAAUGACUAUUCAAAACAAGUACCAAGAUAAGGAUGCUCUGAAAAUAUCAAGCAUUGUCACUGAUGCACUUAACACUACUCUCGUAUGUAGUACCGCUGACGGUUUCCUCUAUUUCUUUGAUUUCCAUAAUGGCGCUCUCCUCGACUCAAUGCAACUGACAGCGGGUGUCCAGCAGUUGAUUUUACAGAGAGACAACGGUAUAAUGGCUGCAAUUUGCUCGGAUAAUGUCAUUAGAUUGGUCGAUAUCGAAUCAAGACGUCUAGUCAGAGAAUUUAAGGGUUUCACCGAAAAGAUAUCGGAUAUUACUUUCUCACCAGAUUCGAAAUGGCUAGUUGCAUCAUCAUUUGAUUGCAUAAUUAGAACAUAUGACAUCCCAACUGGAUCACUUGUCGACGCGUUUAGAGUUGCAACUAUACCAACUUCUUUGACAUUCUCACCAACUGGUGAUUUCCUCGCUACUACACAUAUCGACUCCGUUGGUAUCUAUUUAUGGGCUAAUAAAACUCAAUUGGUGGAAGUUGCUCUCAAACCUAUUAAAUUUGACGAUGUUAUUGAAGUCAAUAUGCCAACAAUGCAGGGUGAAGUUGAAGAUGAGGAGCUUGCAUUGAUGGAGAGUGCACCUAUACUUCCAACAUUUGUUGAAAGCACAAAGGAGCAACUCGAGAGUGGACUGGUUACAUUAUCUGCCAUGCCUCGUUCACGCUGGACGACAUUGUUGAAUCUUGACACAAUCAAGGAACGUAAUAAACCAAUCGAAGCUCCAAAAGCACCAGAGAAGGCACCAUUUUUCUUACCCUCACUCUCUGACGGUCUUAACAAUAAUAUGGAAGUUGAUUCAAAGAAUGAGACUCACCGUUUGACUCAAGGUUCACUUGGUAUUGAGACCCAGCUUUCAAAGAUAUUGCAAUCGGAAGAUUCAAAUAGAUUGGAAAAAUUAUUCAAGUAUUUACAUAGAAUUUCACCAGCAAAUAACGAUUCAGACGUUAGAUCACUUUUACCUUCAGAUUUAAGUUUAUUUAUAGUAGCAUUAACAGAUAGAUUACGACAACAAAAAGAUUUCGACACAAUCCAAGCAAACCUUGGAUUAAUGUUGAGAGUACACGCUGAUAUUUUAGCAUCAGAUAAGUUAUUAAGGGAGAAGUUAGCGAUUUUAUCAAAAGCUCAACGUAGCGAAUGUCAAAGAAUAUUUGAUAUGACCAGAUAUUCGCUCGGUGUUUUGAGUUUCGUUAGGGAUAUUCCAUUGCAAUAAAAAGAGUUAAAAUGUAGGGGUUUUACAACAUUAUUAUAGAGAAAAUUAUGCAAAAAAAAUAUUAUCUUAUUAUUAUUAUUAUGGAUGUAUUGGUUGAGGUUUAGGUUUGUCCUCCUCUUCUUCAGAUUCACUGUGUAUUUCCUCAUCAUCGUCAUCUUCAUCGAAUAAUUUACCCUGUUGUUUGGAUUUGUUGGAUGAUUUACGAUCUGAAGAUUUCUUCAAAUCGCUAUUCUUAAUAUUACCUUUGUUAUCAACUGAGUUCAACUCUUCUACUGUAUUUGGUCUCAUUCUUAACCAUUGCAUACGAGGACCAGACCUUGACUUCUCUGAAAUUUUAAAACCGUAAAUCUUUGGAGUAUAUAUCUUUGUAGCUGCUGGUUUAUACUGUGAUCCAACGACUGCUUUGUAAUCAACACCGUUUUCAUUUUCCGAUAAGACAAUUGAUGGUUGUAAAUCCUUGAAAGUGUGGAAUAAAAGAUGAGGGAAUGUCGUUCCAAAGAAGGAACCGUCGACACCCUGGAAUCUCGAGCUUGGUGGUACGUAGAUAUCCAUACAAUUUGGACAGUAGAGUUUCACAGUGUCUACCCCAGGUGUAUCUGACCGUCCACAUGGUACAACUGGGCAGGAUUGGCAACAAAAGCGCGGACAGAACCCAAAGUGACCAUUUUCGUAUUUCUCGACCAUCUGCUGUAAACCAAUUCUGGUGAGGAUAUAGCGUGCAUGUAUCAAUCCAUAGAGCAUUUCAGCGCUAUGUUCGACGAUAGAGACAUCUGGGAUCUUUAAAGAUUCUGGUUCGACAUCCAGUAUCAUUUCUAAUGCUUCCUUAUAGAAUCCUACUAUACCAGCUAAUCCAGUCAAGUUGAACUCGUCUUCGAUAAAGUCCUCAGAAACCUCGGCAAAGUAUUCGUGGCCAGGCAAAGAACAAAACCAGCUUAUCCAAGUUAAGGAGGAUGUGCUCGUUGAUUGAGGUGACGAUGAGUCAUAAACUAUUGAUUCUGGGUUGUUGUCCUCUAGAAUUUCCAUCUGCUCAUCUGCUCUCUCGAUACUCAUAGAUACAAUCAG